CAAACAAGUUUUUGCUCUAGCAACAGAGCAUCAUGAGCGUGCCCACAGCCACACCCACAGUUGCCUUCACCACCCCUCCAAACUACGCCGCCAGGCUGGCCCACCUCCUCGCCCUCAAAGGAUUCAACCCCAUCUCCUCUCCCACGCUCAUCGUCCAGCCCACCCCAUCCACCAUCUCCGCUCUCAAACCCUACCUCUCACCACCCCCUUCACUCGACCUCUUCUCCGCCAUCGCCUUCCCUUCACGCACCGCAAUCACCUCCCUUUCCGCGGCCGCCGCCGACAUCAAUCACCCUCUCCUGUCGCCGCACGGCGAUGCAUUCAUUAUCGCCGCGCUGGGCAAGGACGCCGAGCUCAUGGACGACAACUUCGUCCAUAAGCUCUGUUCAAAUACUAACCGGGUUAGAAUUUUAGUCCCUCCGACUGCGACUCCGAGCGGCUUAGUUGAAGCGCUAGGAGACGGACGCAAUCGGAGGGUGUUGUGUCCAGUCCCGGUCGUGGUGGGACUGGUUGAGCCUCCUGUGGUCCCGGAUUUUCUCCGAGACUUGGAGGCCAAGCGUUGGGUUCCGGUUAGGGUUAAUGCGUACGAGACGCGGUGGGCCGGGCCGGGGUGCGCUAAGCAAGUGGUGGAGAGGAUUGAGGAGGGAGCGUUGGAUGCGAUGGUGUUCACGAGCACUGCGGAGGUGGAGGGCUUACUGAAGAGCUUCAAAGAGUUUGGGCUGGAUUGGGAGAUUGCCAAGAAGAGGUGUCCCAAGAUGUUGGUUGCGGCCCACGGGCCCAUCACGGCGGCUGGGGCCCACAUGCUUGGGGUUAGAGUUGAUUUGGUGAGCUCUCAAUUUGAUAGCUUUCAAGGCGUCGUUGAUGCUUUACACACUGAGAUUUCAAGGCUGAGUUAGAUUUGAAGCAAAAGUCUCAUGGAAAAAGAUUUUGUAUGUAACAGUGUAAUGUUAAUGUGAAACAAACAACUGCUUCUGUUAACUUAA